UUCAAAUCUCACCUCAUCUACUUGCCUUUUACAGCAGCACAGAUAACUAAGUUGCAGAACUUUAAAAGUCUCCUCUUUAGAUUAUAUUAAGUGGGGGAGUUAAACAUUUUCUGACUUUUAUUUUUUAAAUAGAUUAAGUUAUUUUUUUUUAGCUUAUUUGACACAGCAGUGCUCCUGUAGGUUAGUUGGGCUGUUAGCGCACACCGGGAUGUCCACCCUCAUCGACCUCACAGACGAAUGCACAGUUCUUGUCCAUCCGGACCUGGAGGCUAUGCAGUCCACAUGUAACGGCCUCCACCCGGGCCACCUGCACGAUGGCUUGCUGUCAGAGCUCUCCACCAUCUCCUCCAUCGUUUCAGCACAGAGUGAUCCAAGUAGCUGCUCAGAACAGCAGCAACUGAAGGUCUACCUAAGGGUAAGACCCUUUUCCAAAGAGGAGCUGUCUUCUGAUGAAGACCAGGGAUGUAUAGUGUUGGAGAACACCAAAACUGUUUUGUUACAAGCGCCGAAAGGUUCAGCCACCCUGAAGAGCAGUGAGAAGGGCGUUGGACAGGCCUUGCAUAAGUUUUCCUUCUCCAAGAUCUUUGGGCCUGACACUAAUCAGGGCAGGUUCUUUGAGGGCACCAUAAAAGCUCAGGUGCUUGACUACCUGGAAGGAAAAAACGCACUCGUUUUCACCUAUGGGGUCACCAACGCAGGGAAGACUUACACGAUUCAAGGAUCCCAGAAAGACCCUGGAAUUUUGCCACAAGCACUAGACGUGAUCUUUUAUCAUGUGAAGGGGAAGCAGUAUGACCAAAUGGACUUGAAGCCCUAUCUCAGCUGCGACGUCCAAUAUCUCAAUCCAGAUGAGGUCAAACAGGAGAGAAGUGCUAAAGCAGCAAUCUUGUCAUUGCUGAAGGAGGAAAAUGACCAAUAUUCAAAAAGUUCUUCCAGCACAUCAGCAUCUUAUCCCUCCAGCCUGUCCUUUUCUUCGGUUUCCUACGACCAAACCGCAGACUCAACGGACACAGCUGCUGAUAGAGAGAGACUCCGCUUUGCUGUGUGGGUCUCCUUCUACGAGAUAUACAACGAGUGUGUGUAUGACCUCCUGCAGCCCCUUCCAUCUGGCAAGGCCAGGAAACGGGGUGCACUGAGGGUCUGUGAGGACAGUUCAGGAAACUCGUACAUUCGAGAUUUAAGAUGGAUCAAUGUUCAUAACUCGGAAGAAGCUUGCAAAAUUUUGAAAGUUGGUAAUAAGAACAGAAGUGCUGCUUCAACCAAGAUGAAUCAGUCUUCAAGCAGAAGCCACAGUAUAUUCACCAUCAAACUCCUGAAAAUUGAUGGAACUGAGGUCCAGAGGGUAACAGAGUUGUCGCUCUGUGACUUGGCUGGUUCUGAAAGAUGCAACAAGACCAAGACUUUUGGCGAGCGUCUCAAGGAAGCGGGAAACAUCAACAACUCCCUGCUCAUACUGGGGAAGUGCAUUGCGGCUCUGCGCCACAACCAAAGUGACAGAAUGAAGAAUAACUACAUCCCUUUUCGUGAGAGCAAGCUGACCCGCCUCUUUCAGUCCAUUUUUUGCGGGAAGGGCGUAGCAUCCAUGAUUGUCAACGUCAACCAGUGUGCCUCCACCUAUGAUGAAACUCUUCACGUUAUGAAGUUUUCUGCUGUAGCCAAGCAGGUUGUCCAGAUCAUCCCCCCAAAGUCCUUGGAGAGUCUGGCCCCCAGACUGGUGGGCAAGGAUGGGAAGCCUCUACUGAGAAAUGGAGUUAUUGACACAGAGGCCUUGGACAGCUACCUGGAAGAGGAGGAGCUCUUGGAUGAGGAGGAUGAAGAGGACAUGUCUAUCCUGCCCCAAGAGGACCUCCUGAACAUCAUCGAAAGCCUGAAGGAGAAGCUUCUGGCAGAGCGGCGCAGAAACCUGGUGCAGGAGAUCGAGAUCCGCAAGGAGAUGGGUGACGCCAUGCUGCAGCAGCUGAUGGAAAGCGAGGAGCUGCGGAGCCGUCAAAUGGCUGAGCUCAAGGAGAGCUAUCAGGAGAAGCUGGAGAACACAUUUGAGCUCUACAAGGAUGCGCUCAAGGAGCACGCCUACCAGUGUGCCCUGGAGCGUGUCGGAGAGGAGUAUGUGCCCAUGGACGAAUUCAUUGCUGAGCAGGAGAAAGUGGAGGAGUUGAAGACAAAGCUGUUGGUGGUUGAGCAGAGGAUGCAGGGUUUUCCCCAGCCCUUCCCAGCUAUACUUACUUUGGAAAAGGCCUGUCAGUGUCCCUCAGACCCCCUUGUCCAGGAGUCUCUCACAGAUCGAGAGAGUUACGAAGCUUUAUACGAGGCCAAAUGUGCCGCUGAGCAGCUGUGUGAAGCCAGAGAGAAGACUAUUAAGUCCUUGGAAAAGCGGGUUAAGGAGCUGAACGAAACCCUGCAAGAGGCAGGGGAAAGCUUCAUGGAGAAGGUGGAUGAAAUUGAGAAACUGGAGAGGAAGCUUGCUGACAAGGGCCAUGAGGUUGAGGUGUUGAGAAAAGAGCUGGAGGAGAAGGACAGGCUGGUAAUCUUCUUGACCAAGGAGAAAGCUGAGUCUUCCCAGGAGUCCCCAUCCAAAGGGAAGGUUAAGAAGGGUCUUCUGGCUAACAUUAAGGAAUCUGUCACUUCCCCCAGGAAAGGGGCCCUUGGAAGAACCCUGAGGAAAUCUGUUAGGACUGCUCCCAUGUCUCUGAAGAAGAAGCCAAUGAACUGAAGUUGACUCAUUCUGUUAUGUUUAAAUGCUUUUAAUUGUUCUAAAUGUAUUAAUAAAUCCUACUUUAAAUUGU